UGUGUAGCUGACGUCAUUUUAAGACAGCCAAUGAAAAGUCUCUGUCGUUGACAAAACAUGGCGACGCAGCGAUGUUUUUGAGUUUUAGUUGACCGUGGUUCGUAGCAUCAUACUGUUUAGAUUGUGGUGCCGGCAACACCAUAACAUCAUGGACACACAGCGGGCGAUGGCUGACCUUCCCGAACUACAGCGUCGUCUGCUAGAGCGGAGUCGGCUGUUAGGCUUAGACCCCUACGCCGACGCACCCAUGCGGGUGCGAGACCGGCCAUCGUCAGAGCAAGACAGCGGCAGCGGCGACGACGGUGAAGAAGCCUGCGCCGUGGAGGCACCUGUAUCGAGACCACGUGGAAAAACCUGCGCUAGCGGAAGCCCCUACCAUCACCCUCCUGAACCCGAUCGGCUCGGAAAUACGCGCUGGAUAGCGGUUACGGACACCGUCGGCGGCAGACAACUACGGCACCAAAAACGACCACUGACAUGAUCUCAUAACAGCUUUCGCUGUAAAAAUUAUGCGUUGCAGCAAACGUCCGUGUAGCCGACAGAUGUACAAUAAUAAAUGCACGAAGUGGUGUCAAGUAGAAACACUGAGGGAGAAAAGUCACUUUUGAUCCAGUCAGUAUCAUUGACGACAAAUGGCAUGACCUUUUUGAGUCUGCAUGUUUAGACAUUUUCGA